AUGCACCCGCACCCACUCCCAUCAACACCUACAAACCCCUCGCGCACACGCACGCAAAAGACGCUGACCAUCGCGCUCUCCCAAGCACAGCUCGCCGUAUCACUCGACGAGUCCCUCGCACACACACUUUCGCCGUCCACGGCGGACGCUGAUGCAAAUUAUAAGAGGAUUGAAGAGGUAAUUGGAGUGUACGGACGGAGUGUGGGGUUGCUUGGAUGUGUGAUUGAGGGGAUUAGGAGGGAGGAGACGUUGGGGGUGUUGAUUGGGAGGAAGAAAGGGAAGGGGAGGAAGGGAAAAAGGGAGGAAGAGGGAAAAGAGAAUAAGGGGCAAGGGGAAGGGCAGGGAGAGGGGGAACAGAGUGCGCUGAGGCAGAGAGAGAAGAAUGAAGAUGAUGAUAUUGGAAAAUAUAGAGAGGAAGAUGAACUGGAAGAGAGAAAGAGAGAGAGGGAGGAGGGAGAAUGA